AUGGAUAACGUAUACAAACUGAAGAGAUUAGGGUGCGAUCUUAAGCACGAGGUUGAUGUGCAUACGAUGAGCUUCGACGAUAGUCUGAGCCUACGACGCUUUGACCGCAUUGUCUACAAUUUCCCUCACGCAGGGUCUCGUUUCUUCGGACGUGAAUUCUCCUCUUACGCCAUCGAGAGUCACCGAGUGCUAGUGCAAGGGUUCCUUGAGAACGCUAAGGAGAUGUUGAAAGAGAACGGGGAGAUUCAUAUCACACACAAGACAACGUAUCCGUUUAGCGAUUGGGAGAUCAAGUCUCUGGCUAAAGCAGAAGGUUUGAAGCUGGUUAAGGAGUCCGAGUUCGAGCUGAGUCACUAUCCGGGUUAUCAAAACAAGAGAGGGAGUGGUGGACGUAGGAGUGAUGAUCACUUCCCUGUUGGAGAGUGUUCUACUCUCAUGUUUAUCCAACGAAAACAUCUUGUCACGUGCUUGCCCACGAAGACAAACAUCGACAUCGAAAAGUUGUGCCCAAAAGUCCAAGGUAUCAGAACCAAUCUCGUCAAGCUACGUGCUAAAGCCUUAGGAUAUUCAGAGGAAUACUACUCAACGGUCUUGGGAUCUCUCGAAGACAACCCGCUUCACCAUUUAGAUCUCUACCCUUACUACACAAACUACCUCAAACUGAGCAAGGUCGAGUUUGAUCUCCUCACGCAACACACAAGCCGUGUCCCAACCAAGAUCGCCUUCGUGGGCUCCGGUUCGUUGCCCCUCACAUCCAUCGUCUUGGCUAAGUUUCAUCUCCCGAACACGACGUUCCAUAACUUCGAUCUCGACCCUCAAGCCAAUACCCUGGCCUCCCGUCUUGUCUCACGUGACCCCGACCUCUCCGGUCGCAUGAUCUUUCACACAACGGACAUACUCAACGCCACAGAGAUUCUACGUGACUUCGACGUGGUUUUCUUGGCAUCUCUUGUUGGAGUGGAAAAAGAGGCCAAAGUCAAAGUCAUUGAACACUUGGAGAAACACAUGGCUCCUGGAGCUUUGCUCAUGCUUAGGAGUGCUAAAGGCCUUAGAGCUUUCCUUUAUAUAGACGUUGAUCCUUGUGAUCUAAAAGGUUUCGAGGCCUUGGCGAUUUAUCACCCGUCGUUGUCAGAUGGCUUUGUGAACUCGGUGAUGGUCGCACGCAAACUCAUCGAUUGA